AUGUCUAGAUCAGGUGUAUCCGUUGCUGAUGAAUCUUUAGCUGCUUUUAACGAUUUAAAGUUGGGUAAGAAGUACAAGUUUAUUUUGUUUGGAUUGAAUGAAAACAAAACUUCCAUUAUAGUCAAAGAGACUUCCACUGAUGGUUCUUAUGAUUCCUUUUUGGAAAAAUUACCUGAAAAUGAUUGUUUGUAUGCAGUCUAUGACUUUGAAUACGAUAUUGGUAGUGGAGAAGGUAAGAGAUCCAAGAUUGUUUUCUAUACCUGGUCUCCAGAUACUGCUCCUGUUAGAUCCAAGAUGGUUUAUGCUAGUUCAAAGGAUGCUUUAAGAAGAGCUUUGAAUGGUGUAUCUACCGAUAUCCAAGGUACUGAUUUCUCAGAAGUUUCUUACGAGACUGUUUUGGAAAAGGUAAGCAGAGGGCCAGGAUCUCAUUAA